AUGGCUUCCUCCUACAUCCUCUCAUCCUCCCUCAAUCAAUCAAGCAAGAAAUCCACAAUGAAUGAUCCAAAAACUUGUGAUUGUGGGUUCCUUGCACGUAUUCUAACAUCAACAACACCAAAGAAUCCAGGGAGGCAUUUCAUGGUGUGCAAUGAGGGUAAAUGCAAAUAUUGGAAAUGGUUGGAUGUAGAACUUGUACAGGCGCCUCUAAUGGAAGUGGUGGAGGGAAUGAAAGCUGAAUUAGUAGCAUUGAAGACCGAAGUAGAGAGGGUGAAGGAAGACAUGGAACAAAUGAAGAAGGAAAAGUACUCUGAUGUCAUUGCAAUGAAGGAGAAAAUAUAUAAGUUUACCAUGGGAUUUCUUUUUUUGAUCAUCGUGUAUAUGAUGAAAUGA